AUGUCAUUUGAUUAUCCAACGGCUCCAAUCGGCGUUCAUUGCGUGUAUGAUAUUAAUGAACCAAACAAUGAUGUAGAAGAUGAGGACAAAUGUUUUUCGGCUAUUGGAUGGGGUGAUCUUUUGAUUUUUAAUCUUUUAUUAUUAAUGGUUAUACCAAGCAAUUCUUCACUUACAAUAAAAAUAUGCAUAGCAUUCGGUUGUAUAGUUAGCAUAGAAUUUGCUGAAAUAUGUAAUGGUUUUAUACUUUACUGUAUUGAUUUUAAUGGUUUGCCGGCUUUGCCUCUUCCAACAGCUGCUGUCACUGCUUAUAUGAUCAUCGUUAAUGCCAUCAUUGAAUAUUCUAAUGUUGAUUGUAUAAAUUCGUUGAAAUGUAGGACAAAUAUUCAUUAUGAAUUUUGA